AUGCCUUCACCGCCACCGCAGCCAGUCCCAGCUCCCAAACAGCGUACGUCCAACCCUCAUGGAGGUCUCAAUGCCCCUCAGUCGAUACGGAUGGGCGCAUCGCCCAUGUCGUAUGGCGCCAUGACGGGUAUAAGCUUCACGAAUGGAGGUGGAUUCUCAUUUGAGAACAAACCUAGGAGUGUUAAAUGGGGUAAUACAACAGGGAGUGGACCCAUGGGGAGUUAUGGAGCGAGAUUCUACGGGGAUGCUGGUGGUGACUCACCUACCAUACCAUUUUCCACAUCCAUAACGAUGGAACCUUCUUCCUUUGCCGCCUCAGCCCAUGCAUUCAACUUACCAUCCGGAUCAAUGUCCUCAUCAUACCAUCGUAGAUCUUACGCCGCAGUAGCAUCUUCCAUCCCCAGAGGAGGAGACUACAACCUGUCAAACUCAUUCGCAUCCAUGUCCUUCCAACCCAUGUCAUUGGGCACUUCGUACUCGAAAUCCCAAGUCACGAAUAUGAUGAGGAAUAAACCUAGAUCAGAUGCCGAAUUAACACAGGCGUACGAAUGUUGUGGCAAGACACAUGCGGGUUUACACGCGUUGUUAGAACACGUAGAAGAUGUUCACCCAUUCUCUGAUCCGAAUAUACCUCCAGAUAAUACCAAUAAUAACAACAACAAUCCUGGAGGAUUCUCACCUGUCACCAACGCGAUGGACCUAGAUUUAGAUGAUGUCGAAGAGGAAUUGCCCUCGAAGAACAAGGCCUCUACAACCUCAGCUCGAUCGAGUAUAUCGCCAAAUUUGACUACCGCAGUACCCGUACCUUCGUAUCCUUUACCUACCUCAGGAAGUAAAGCUACUACACCCACCGAACAAGCUUCGAUCGGUAAAUCGCCAUUGAAACUUUCGGAUGUACUCAAAUCACCGCCCGAACUCGAAUCAUCCUUGACAGCCAAUGCAAAUGCCAGUCUGCUCGGUAACAAAGCAUCGAAUCUAACAUUAACCAGAACAGGUUCGUCCGGAUCUUCACCACCUGAAGGUAGUUUAGCUACUCCAACCACUUCCACGCAACCAUCACCUGUAUUUGCUCAACCGAAGAUCAAUCCUGCUCGGCAGAGUUUCCUCGGAUCAACUGGCGUGGGAAGUAGACCUGCAGCUCAGCAGAUGAGGUUCGACAGAGCGUUCAAUGAAGUUGUCGCUGGUCCGAAGACCACUACUGCCACCACUGCAGGCGAUGCCAACUCGACCGUACCUACAGCUGUAGCUCCAGGUGUAUUGUUCGCUUCUGCCGUAUCGAGCUUAGGUAUUCCAACGAUCCCACCUAAUCAACAAAAACAAAAUGGUCAAAAUACCACCAAUGCUACCACUAAUGGAGUCACGACGCCACAAGAGGAAAUACCAGAAGGUGCUACUACCGGUUCUGGCAAUACUACACCGAACAAGAAUGCCAAUGGAAUAUCGAUGAAUGAUAUUCAAUUACCCCAACCUUCCUUGUUCUCUAGUUCGAGACCUUGGAGAUGUCCCAAUCCGGGAUGCAAUAAAUCGUACAAGCAGAGUAACGGUUUGAAAUACCAUCAGAUGAAAGGACAAUGUGACUUCGCGAUUCAUGAUGCGGUUGAUCUCGGUUUGUCGCUCGAAGAAGCCGAGGAGAGGAAUAGACCGUACGUCUGUGCGGUAGGUGCGGGAUGUAACAAGAGGUAUAGACAGAUGAAUGGGUUGAAGUAUCAUUACCUCAAUUCAGGUGAACACGGUCAAUACGGUCUCCGAAUGUUACAAAAUGGUACUCAUCCUCUUCCACCAAACAUGCCUCCCCCUUCCAAUACAUCUACACCUAACGCAACCCCUCAAAAACCAUCUGCCGCUGGUAGACCCGUCUCUUCUACCACAUCGACUGCCAGGGCCGGUGCACCAUAUGCCAUCCCGUCUCAUGCGAAUGCCAAUUCAACCACUCAGAAUAGAAAUGGUGUAGGCGCUGGUGGGCACGGUCUCCCUCGGAUGGGCACUUGGCCAGCGCAGAGAACGGUCAAUGGUAAUGCUACGGCUCAAAGACCACCGCAGCAGCAACAGCAACAACAGGGAAUACCAAUUAAGUCGCAGCCCAAACCUCAGCCUCCGCCAAUUACCAAGGGUAGAGAUGCGGUGCUUUUCGCGGCUGUUGGUGGGGGAGAAGAUCCGAUGGAUGUUAUCGGAAGGAUGGAUCAGUAA